AUGGAUCAAUAGGAUGAUAACAAUAAAAUAUAAUUUAGAGAUAAAUAUGUUCUUCUAAACGACACAAACGUUAGUUAUGGUGAAGGCUGUUUCGGCUAAAUUCAUUCUUGUAAAAGGAAAGAUGAUGACACGAACACUGCAUUAUGUGUAAAGAUAAUUCCAAUUCGUAUUGAUUAAGAGAGAAUAGUUGAAAAUGAAAAAAUAAUCAGAUGUACUAUAGAUUUGUUAACCUCAAAUCAGCAAUAAUAUGUGAAUAUCAUAAAAAUAUUCGAUAUCUACUUUGAUUCAUAUGCUUUAUAUAUUGUAAUGGAAAAAUGCGAUGAGGACUUAUCUAUUGAGUUUGAUAAAAUGAUGGAAGAAAAUGAUUGGUAUGCCGAAGAAGAAGUGUUUGAUAUAUUAUAGUAAAUUAUUGAAGGUAUAAAAUAUCUCCAUUCAAACAAUAUUUUGCAUCUUGAUGUAAAACCAGAGAAUAUUUUAAUAAAAUAUUAAAUCGAUGAAAGAAAGAUAUACAAGGUAAUUUAACAAUUCUUAAUUAGAUUAGUGAUUUUGGAAUUUGUGAUUUGAUUAAUAAGCUAACAUAAAGAAAUGAAGUCAUUAGAACAGGAUCUCCUAAUUAUACAGCACCUCAAAUCUUCGAAAGUAGUGUGAUAUAAUCUUAAAAAUGUGAUAUAUUUUCAUUUGGAAUACUCUUUUAUUAGAUUUGUUAUAAAACUGAAUUGCCUUAUGACUGCCGUUCAAUGUAGAUUAGAUAUUAAAGCUUAUAAAAUCUGAAGUAAAACCCUCUUAAAACUCAACCUCUUGACUAUAAAAGAUAGGAUAUAUUACGAAAUCUUAUAUAAAGUAUGAUAGUCUAUGAUGAGGAGAAAAGAAUUUCAUUUUAAGGUCUUUUUAAUCAUGUUGUCGCGAUUAAUAAAUACUAAUAAGAUACUGACUCUUUAACAUCUGAUAAUACAGAGACCUCACGUUCAAAAUAAUUUGAUAGAUCAAUAAAUUUUUAAAACAAAACUAAAAAUUAAGUUUUAUCCAUUUUAGAAAGAUUAUAAUUAUUGUUAAAUUCAUUUCUAGAAAAGUUCAAUAUCUGUUGUUAAUUAAUAGAAUAAUUGAGCGAUGAGGAUGAUAUUUUAAUGGUUAAAUUGAAUAUUUAUUUAAUAGCCAAUCUUCAGUUACUCUACGCACUUGCUUUUAUUUAUAUAAGACCAUUAGAAAUGCAUCCUAGUAUUUUAAAAUAUAAUGAUAAAUUGAUGCUCAUAGAGAAAUUGCGUUAAGUAAAAAAAGGAAUUUAAAUGUAUCAAAUAGAAGCUUAAGAAUUUUAAUAACUGGCAGAUUAUAUUCAAUCUGAAUAUCAUAAAUUUAAAGAUAAAUUUAUUAAGUUCACUUUGUAGUUUGAGUUGAAAAAAGCGCUUCCUAAUGAAUUAAUAUAGUUUCUUUAAUAAGCCAAAGCUAGUAGAAUUGAAUUAAAAGUAUUAAUCUAAAACAUUAAAAAUUACUAAUAAACUCAUUUAAAUAGUUUCCCAUAUAAUUUACAAUAGUUUUUAGACUAAAUAAUCAAAUUUGAAAGUUUAGUCCCAGUCAAUCUUUAGUACAAAAAUUCAGCUCCUCAGUCUCAGAUAUCCCAAUAAAUUGGAUAAAUUUGA